GUAGAUAUAAUAAUUGCAGCACUUCAUUUGGCUCUCUAGUUCUGCAUUAUGUUUCGUCUACUGCUUUUGGGAGCUGCCAUCUUUGGUGUGGUGGAUGGAACCUUUCUGAUUCGUCCGGCACCUACUUGCCAGCCCGCUUGUAACAUCUAUCAACCGCAACUGGUUUGGGUCUUGGAGGAUUGCGUCUGCCGGCCCAUUCAAAAUCCUUGCUGUGCCGAUCAAGAGAACCUCUCAAGGAUACGUUCAGGAAAAACACCUUUGGUGCCGGUGACGGAAUAUCUCUGCAGGAGCUUUAUCAGGAAGAAGUGCCGAAGGGGUUUACCAGUGAUUGGCAAGUUCCCUAAACCUCCAGCAUGCGGCUGCAAAAAAAAACCUGGCACUAUCAUCGAAAGGAAGUUUGCCAACUUGGAUGAACUGAGGAAGUACUCGGCUCUGAAUAGAGAGGCUUACACUUCCUACAGCUACUGUCUGAUUCCCCCAAGAAAGAAGUGUCUCCUAAGUUGUUAG